CCCCACGGCUGGGGCGCCUCGGCCAGCGGGCCGGGAGCGGUGCGUUGGCGCUGCUCGGAGAGGCCGGCAGUCAUGUGGACGUCGCUCGGCGCCGUCACGGAGCCCGCCGGCCCCCGGGCAGCGAGCGGCCGCUUCUGGGCCGUCACCCUGGGGGCAGCGGUCGGGCUCUUUCUCCUCGGGUUCCUCAUCGGCUGGUUUGCAAAACCUGUAGAAGAGAAGACACCUUUGAGACAUCAUGAGGAGAUGAAGGCGGCAUUUAUGGCUGAGAUGAAAACUGAAAACAUCAAACACUUUCUUUUCAAUUUUACACAGCGUCCUCACCUUGCAGGGACAAAGGAGAAUCUCUAUCUGGCACAGCAGGUUCAAGCUGAGUGGAAGGAGUUUGGUUUGGAUUCUGUUCAGUUGGUUCAUUAUGAUGUCCUGCUCUCUUAUCCUGAUGAAAAUCAACCCAAUUAUGUCUCAGUAAUUGAUGAGCAUGGAAAUGAGGUAUUCAACACAUCAUUAUCAGAGCCGCCUCCUGCAGGGUAUGAGGCAGUUGGAGAUGUGGUGCCACCUUACAGUGCAUUUUCAGCCCAAGGAGUACCUGAGGGUGAGUUAGUGUAUGUCAAUUAUGGCCGCACUGAGGACUUCUUUAAGCUGGAACGUGAAAUGGGAAUUAACUGUACAGGAAAGAUUGUUAUUGCCAGAUAUGGGAAGAUCUUCAGAGGAAAUAAGGUGAAGAAUGCUGAACUCGCAGGUGCCAAGGGAAUUAUUCUCUACUCAGACCCUGCUGACUACUGUGCUCCAGGAGUAGAUCCAUAUCCAAAUGGCUGGAACCUUCCAGGUGGAGGAGCCCAGCGUGGAAAUGUAUUAAACCUGAAUGGUGCAGGAGAUCCUCUGACACCAGGCUAUCCUGCAAAAGAGUACACCUACCGGUUAGACAAAGCCAGUGGUGUAGGUCUCCCAAAAAUUCCAGUUCAUCCCAUUGGUUAUCACGAUGCUGAGUCAUUACUGCGUAAUAUGGGAGGAUCUGCACCACCACAUAGUAGCUGGAAAGGAAAUUUGAAUGUGUCUUACAAUGUUGGUCCUGGUUUCACAACAAAUUAUUCUACAAGAAAGGUAAAAAUGCACAUUCAUAGCAACAACAAAGUAACAAGAAUUUACAAUGUGAUUGGUACCAUCAGAGGCACAGUGGAACCAGAUAGAUAUGUCAUCCUGGGAGGUCACCGUGACUCAUGGGUAUUUGGUGGCAUUGAUCCGCAGAGUGGAGCAGCUGUGGUUCAUGAGAUUGUGAGGAGCUUUGGAAAACUGAAAAAAGAAGGAUGGAGGCCACGGAGAACAGUGAUAUUUGCAAGCUGGGAUGCAGAGGAAUUUGGCUUGUUAGGAUCAACAGAGUGGGCUGAGGAAAAUGCCAAACUAUUGCAAUCACGAGGAGUGGCUUAUAUCAAUGCAGAUUCCUCCAUUGAAGGAAACUAUACACUAAGAGUGGAUUGUACACCACUGAUGUACAGACUGGUGUACAGUGUGACCAAAGAGAUACCAAGUCCCGAUGAAGGGUUUGAAGGAAAAUCUCUUUAUGAGAGCUGGUAUAAAAAAAAUCCAUCAACAGAAUAUAAAGAGGUCCCCAGAAUAAAUAAACUGGGUUCUGGCAAUGACUUUGAGGUCUUUUUUCAACGUCUUGGCAUCGCUUCAGGCAGAGCACGUUACAGUAAAAACUGGAAUGUAGAAAAAUAUAGCAGCUAUCCAGUUUACCACAGUGUGUAUGAAACAUAUGAAAUUGUGGAAAGAUUUUAUGAUCCCUCUUUCAAGAAUCAUCUGACAGUAGCUCAGGUACGGGGAGGGCUGGUGUUUGAAUUGGCCAACUCUGUUCUGCUUCCUUUUGACUGCAGAGAUUAUGCAUCAGCUCUGAGCAACUAUGCUCAUAUCAUCUAUAAUAUGUCUAGGAAUCAUGAGGAAGAACUGGCAAUAUACAAUGUAUCCUUUGAUGCUCUCUUUUCAGCUGUGAAGAAUUUUACAGAAGUCGCUGAUAGCUUUCAUGACAGACUGCAACAAAUAGAUAUCAACAACCUGCUUGCUGUCAGAUCGUUAAAUGAUCAACUCAUGUUUCUAGAAAGGGCUUUCAUUGAUCCACUUGGAUUACCUGGAAGGCCAUUCUAUAGACAUGUUAUCUUUGCUCCAAGCAGCCAUAACAAGUAUGCAGGAGAAUCAUUCCCAGGAAUCUAUGAUGCCAUGUUUGACAUUAAAAACAAAGCUGAUCAAGAUGAAGCCUGGAAAGAAGUUAAGAGGCAGAUCUCCAUUGCAGCCUUCACUGUACAGGCAGCAGCAGGAACACUGAAAGAAGUAGCAUAAAUAUCAACAUUAUUAUCAGUGAAGACUAGGUAUGACAGUGUGCAGAUGCAUCAAAACCAGAACAUGAAAACACUAAGAAAAACACUAGAAGUGCCACAAAACCCAAACAAUCUUGUUCUUUGCAAUUAAUACAACCAAGUGGAAUGCAUUUAGCAGUGUUAACAAGGUAAUGAUGUAUUUCAUUUCACAAGCUCAGGCUUUAGGUAAAUUCUGAAGUGACAGUCUAGAUGAGAAAAAAAUAUUUUCUCUGCUUUGUAUUUUAAGGAUCUAACCACUGGAUUUAUUUUCGGAGCUCUGAAUUCUGCUUGCUUCAUUAAUUCUUUAACUUUAUAUUUUUGUCUUCGAGUUGUGUAUUUGUACUCCAUGAUAGUGUUUUCACUUUUCUUUUACGUGAAGAUUCACAUAUGAAAAUGGUAAAACUGUCACAUAUAGUGUGAGGAAUGUAUUAUGAUCAUAACAAAUUUUGGGCUGCCAGCCCAAAAUACUCAUCCAUUAUGUCCUUUUCUUCACAUGCGAAGUCUUUCAGCUGCUUGUAAAUAGAUUUAAGCAAGAAGCUUUCUAGUCACUGGAGUGAAAAUUAGGUGAUAUAUCUUAUCAGAAUGAUAAUGAUGUCGCAAAACAUCACUUUCAAGAUGAAGACCUGGUUUUAUACUUUCAUCCCAAACAUACCUAUGCCAUAUCUUUGCCAUACCACAGCAUUCUUAAUAUUAAGACAACUAGAAGAAAAGAAAAUUCAUCAUGUCCUUCAUAUAAAAGUUUACUAAAUUAUCAAAACCACCAUAGAACCUGUAUUUCUGAUUUUGGCAUGCAGCUUACUCUUACACCAAGCUGCUAGAAGGGACAACUGAAAUCAGAUGGAGAAGACUCAGAAAACCAGGUCAAUUCAUCUGACAGUCUGCCACUGCAGGAAUUAAUAAGCUCUUUGAUGGCAAAUAUUUCUGUGAAAUUUGAUUUGCUUUCUCAUCUGAGUCCUCUGCCAUUUAGAAGAUUCAUCUGUCAUCUGGUGGAUUUCAUUGUUGUGAAAGAUUUUUUAUUUUCCAAAGCAAUUAAUUUAUUCUUAAAAAUUCAUCUUUUCACAUUAAAACCCUUUAUUGUUAAAUCAUUUUACUUAGCAGUUAGUCUUUCUCAAAAUAAUCCAGUUUAUCAGGUAAUGGGAAGUGCUCUUGCAACCACAUUACUAAGCAGUUAUUUACACAUUUUUAUGGAAUUGAUUAAAGCUGGAAUAAGAGCAUAAAGACAUGUUCUCCCAAAUGUAGUUGUCUGGAUGGAAGGCCCUCUCCUCUCCUCUCCUCUGCUCUCCUCUGCUCUCCUCUCCUCUGCUCUCCUCUGCUCUCCUCUCCUCUGCUCUCCUCUCCUCUCCUCUCCUCUCCUCUCCUCUCCUCUCCUCUCCUCUCCUCUCCUCUCCUCUCCUCUCCUCUCCUCUCCUCUCCUCUCCUCUCCUCUCCUCUCCUCUCCUCUCCUCUCCUCUCCUCUCCUCUCCUUCUAUUCUAUUUUGGAUUAUGAGUUAUAACAAAUGAGCAAAAAAUGAACGAACAGUUUUGUGUGCACUGAGAAACGGCAUUUCACAUUACUCAUUUACUAGUAGGACAAUAAGAAGCACGGGUCACGUGACAUUUAUGAAUGAAAUCAAGCCAACUGGCACAUGCCAGCAAAUGAAGCAUUCAGUUCUUAUCAGCCUAGUGGCAAAACAAUGGUUAAAUGAAUAAUAAAUAAGCAUUCUAAGGCCUGUCUGUUAAUAUGUUCUUGAGAACUCUGUAACUUUACUGACAAAUAUUUCCAGUUCAGUGAUUCUUAGAGCUCAAAAAACAUCCUGAACCAGCCGCAUGCACAAGGAGAUAUGUCCUAUGAGCAGGUCUUCUAAGACACACUAUGAGAAGCCAGACAGAAGAACAGAGACUUUUUUAGCAUCUGUACUCAGUUGGAUCUGUCAGUGUAGCUCAGGUGUAUAGCUGUUAGCUAACUGGAGCCCUGAAUGUGGAAUCCAGGGAGUGGUUGGUGUGCAAAUUCACCUUCACUGAUGGAGAUCUUCUGGCUGCAUUGAAUCAAAGAAUGGUUGAAAUGGAGCCCUGAAUGUCAUCUAGUCCAACCCCACUGUUAUGGGCAGGGAUGCUUUUCACUAGAUCAGGCUGCCCAUGGCUCCCUUACAGCUUGGCUUUCCAGGGAUGGGACAUCCAUAGCUUCUCUGGGCAACCUUUUCCAGUGCCUCACCACCCUUAUGCUAAAGGAUUCCUUCCUUAAAUGUAAUCAAAAAAGCAUAAAUCUUUUUUGUUGGACUUUACAGUGAGUCGAACUUGUAAUGCUACCAACUGCUGUUGACCAGAUUAACCAUUUUGACUCUUAAGCUUUGAUAUUAAUCCACAAUAACUGGCCAAGAAGUACUAUUGAGUUAAUUUUUAAAAACUGGUUGUAAAUAUGAAUAAAAAAAUAAAAUUGACUGAAUGUGUUGAA